AUGCACCUUUAUAAGGUCGUUCAGGAUGUUCUCGCUUGUCAAGAGGCAAUGUGGGAAGAGCUCAAAAGCAGGAUUUUGAACCGCAAGGGAACCUUAAAGGCCUUUGGGUGGGACGACGACGAGGAACUAGAGGAGCUUCAGAGCAGACGAAAAUUCGAGAUCUUGAUCGAACGGUACCAAAGCGAUAUGAGAGUUCGCAUCUCGUUGUGGUCUAGUUUAACGGAUAUGGGUUGGACGUUUCCCAUACGGGAACAGCUCUCAAAGGCGGAGCAUCUUGAAGAAGAACGUGUUCGACGUGACCUAUUGGAGGCUAUUCGACGCCAUGGCAGGGACAGUGUUAGCGAUCGGCCCUGUCGCAAUAUGAAGGCUUUCUUUGGCUACAAGCCGGCAUAA